AUGGUGGAUAACAGAAAGCCCAAGUCACAGGUGAAGGGUGCGGCCUCGACCGUCACUCGGCUGCACGAGGCCUAUGACCACCUGCUCUUUCCUGCAGAAACCGUCCUGGUGAAAUGUGAUCGGCCUGCUCACCCUUUGAUUAAUAAGACGUAUAAUUUCGAGAGAGUUUAUGGCCCAGCAGAAUCUCAGCAAGUGGUAUUUGGGGAUGUGUGCCCGCUGCUUACGUCUCUCUUAGAUGGGUACAACGUCUGCAUUCUGGCUUAUGGACAGACAGGAUGUGGCAAGAGCUACACCAUGUUGGGUCCACAUUCUAAGGAGGCGUGCAUCCCCCCGUGGGGCCCGCACAGCGACCUCGGAAUCAUGCCCAGGGCUGCUGGAGAGCUCUUCAGGCUUAUUUCAGAAAACCCAUCAAAGAGCCUGAAGGUUGACGUGUCCAUAGUGGAAGUGUAUAAUAACGACAUUCUUGACCUUCUGGCCAAAGAGCGCCGCACGGAGGUGUCUGGGCCCAAGCGUGACGCGCCGACAAGCAAGGCAGCAAAGCGGGAGGUCUCUCCGCCAACCCGGCAGCCCGUCCACAGUGCGGAGGACUUCAUCGCGCUCGCCGCCGGAAGCCUGCAGCUCAGGGCGCAGCUCGCCACCCAAGUGCACGCCCGUUCUUCUAGAUCCCACCUGAUAAUAACGGCCACUCUCACCACAGCCUCCCCCUGCGACAGCCCCGCUGACCGGCAAUCACCUGGACCACCGCUUGAGGGGCGGCCAGUCUGGGGCAGAGCGUCGCCCGGGUCCCCGGGGGCCCAGCGACCCGUGGGACAGGUGCAUGCCAAGCUGCAGCUCGUGGACCUGGCGGGCAGCGAGUGUGUGGGUGUGUCUGGAGUGACAGGAUCAGCCCUGAGGGAGACUUCGUUCAUAAACCGGAGCCUGGCGGCCCUCGCGGACGUCCUGGGGGCCCUGUCGGAGCGCAGAGGCCACAUCCCAUACCGCAACAGCCAGCUCACCCACUUUCUCCAGGACGUUCUUGGAGGUGACGCAAAGCUCCUGGUGAUUCUGUGCGUGUCCCCCUGCCGGACGCACGUGGCAGAAACGCUGCGGUGCCUGGGGUUUGGGGCCCGGGUGAGGCAAGUGCAGCGAGGCCAGGCUGGAGGGGGCAGUGUAGCCCCCCGGAAACCCAGGUGA